AUGGCAGGCGAUUACCUGGAGGCCGACGAAAGCAGUGACAGUUCAAGCGAACACAACACAACACAGGAAUCUCUCAUUUCUAUCAGUCUUAAUGGCAGUGACCAAAACCUUUCGAGACACAGAUCUAACUCGGUGGAUAUAUCUGAAGGCAAGCAAGAAAAGAAACACAAAGAAUCAUUUCUGAUUGCUCAAAUCAAUGUUGAAGGUCAGUUAGAGGAAUUCCCUAUAGGAUCGAGAGAAAUUUGCUCAGUGAAUUCACCCAGCGACAGGUGGCGCUGUGUAUGGACAAUGAUGGUUAUGUUAGGGAUGUGUUCGACACUUCCGUAUAAUAUAUUAAUUGUAGUCUAUACGUAUCUUCCGGACACUUUGGAAAUAUAUAGCAAUGUCACAGGCGUUGACACAGAGAGUGCAUCUUCAUUUCUGCCUUAUUUAAUUCUAUCUUCCAAGAUUCCAGUCAUCCUCAUUGUCUGCGUGAAUACAUACUUCUUUCAUAAGAAUCCAGUCUUCUUCGGCAAAAUGGUUUCACGACGUCCAAUGGUUAUCAUGACUCUCGUAAUGAUUGCAAUGUCCCUCAUUGCACAGAUGUUCGCCUUGGUCAUCGCACUGGAGUGGUUGUCUCUGUUUGCUUGGAUUUGUAUGUUGGCGAUAAUCUUCUCUAACGUCGCUGGCGCUGUGUUCCAAAAUAGUCUUUUUGGGAUGGCCUUCACCUUACCUACGCACUACAUAAACGCUGUUUUGAUUGGUUCGAACCUCUGCGGGAUGUUCACCUCGUUGGUUGUGAUAAUUAUGAUAGCAUCCGCACCCCGAAUUCGAAACCUGAUCAUCGUCGCAUUAAUCUUAAUAUUAUUGACCUUUUUGAUGUCACUGCUCAUUUGCUAUGUUAUACGUCGUCUGCCUUUUUACGAACACUGCAGACGAAAAGUGUGGUUAAAGCAAACGGAAAUGGAAACAAGACCUUUACAAACAAAAGACGAGCCCAAGUUUGGAAAGCCGCAUAAAAAGCUGUGUAUGACUGGCUUAAACAUAUGGUUAAUUUAUAUGGUUACUUCUGUCAAUUAUCCAGCCAUUGGCAGUCAAGUGAGACGUCUUUCUUUUCCGUUUUCAGAUAAAUAUUGGUCACCAUUUUGGUUCUUCUUUAUCUUCAACAUUUUUUCAAUGAUCGGAAAUAUUGUUAGCGAAUACGUCCCCUUGUGGCGGCAUAAGCUCCUAUGGUUGGCGACCUUUUCACGUGCUAUUGUUUUCCUGCCAUUUUUUCUUCUCUGUAACUAUCAACCGGAUGGAAUCGAAAAUCGAUCCAUACCUGUGAUCUUAAAUAACGAUUAUCUCUUUAUACUUGGUACCGUCCUCCUUGGGCUUUCCUUCGGAUAUUACAGCAGUGUUUGUAUGAUGUACGCUCAAAAAAAUGUCAACCUUGAAGACGCAUUUUCAACAGGAAUGUUGAUGAACACGAUGGUAUAUGGUGGCAUGUUUAGCGGAAGUUGUAUAUCACUCUUCUUUCCCUUGAUCGUAUCCCACAGGGGAAAUGACUGA